CGACUUAAAUUUUUUUUGCCUGAUAUGUAGAACGCUCGAGACAGAGGAGACCUUAUGGCGACGGCGGAGGAGACCGGCGACGGGCUAGAGUUUCUCUCAGAUCCGGUCGACAGGUUUCCCCUGCCGGAUCUUGAAGGCACAGAUUUCAGCCCGGAUGGCGAGGAAGAUACUAUUCUCACACAAUCGGCUGCUGAAUCAAGCAUGGGGGAUGUUGGCGAUCCGGCGCCUGCUCUCCAAUUAGCCAUCGACAGUACGUGCGAUGCACUAAUCUUACUAACGACAAAUUCGCAAUGCUCAGCUAAAGAAGAAGGCGAUGAAGCGACCGGAUGGGCAAAAAGAGUUCGAGUCGGGCAAGCUCCUAUUGAACGUCCGCCUUGUGCGGGGAGGGUUUCCGCUCUUGAAAAAAGUCUCAGAGGAUAUGCAGAGAAGAAAACUGAGACAGUGGUGGUACCAGCUGUUGGAAACAGCUUUGAUUCAUUGGGAGAAGCAUACGACUACUACAAUCUAUAUUCUUGGGAAAUAUGAUUUGGAAUAAGAUAUGGCAAAAGUAGGCUCAAUGUGGAGAGAACUAAGUGUAUGCAAGAGAUAGUAUGUGGAUGCUCGAUGAGUACUAACUAAAUUGAUCAUACAAAAAUGUACAUCUGUGUAAAACGUGCACUCAAUAAAUGUCUGACAUACUUGCAAUUUCAGGGAAAACCAAAAAAAGGAAACACCCGCACAAUUCGAUGUGAGUGCCCAGCAAUGAUACGCCUCCUUCAAACAAAUGACAGUGGAUGAUACAUAUGUGAACACCGUCCAUCACACAACCAUGCUUUGACAGCCAGAUGUGGUGAGAAUCUGUACUGGCCUUCACAUAAGCAUAUUGAUAUAUAUAUACACGGGACCUUGUGAAGCAGCUUAGAGAGAACAACAUCAUCAUUGGUAAAGUCUACAACAUAACUGGUAGCUUCUUCGAGUCAAUGAGCAAUGUCCCUUUUAGUAAGCGGGCUUUGAGGGGGCUAUGUGGCGAGAUAAGCCGAGGCCAAGCAGAUGAUGAUGUCCGAAAAACUAUGGAUGUUUUCGCAGAACUGGGCACAAAGGAUGCAGGUUUGUACUACAGAGUACAGCCUGACUGUGAUAGCCGGAUAAGGAAUUUAUUGUGGUCAACUGGAGCAAGCAGGAUGCAGUACCAUUACUUUGGAGAUGCAAUAACAUUUGACACCACAUACCGGACAAACCUAUAUGAUAUGCCAUUUGGGCUGUUCGUUGGAGUGAACAACCACUACCAAAGUAUUAUAUUCGGAGGUGUGCUUGUCAGGGAUGAAACAUGUGAAACUUUCGAGUGUGUGUUCAGUGAAUUUAUCUGCAUGAUGGGUGGCAAAAAUCCACAAACCAUACUAACAUGUGAAUUCAUCAAUUCCAGAAUCCUAUUUACUCUGGAACUCUGAAUCAUUUGAUGCUUAAACUUCUAGUUCAUGCGAAAGAUUAGAAAAAUUGUUGCAAUUUUGCAAAUGAACAAUAUUUUCACUCAAAAUUUUAUCUGAUGUUACUGACACAUAAAAAUAAUUUUCCCUCCACAGAUCAAUGCAGAGCUAUGGAACUUGCAUUGGAAAAGGUAAUGCCAUACACCACACAUCGCUGGUGCAAAUGGCAUGUUCUUAAAAAGUCCAAAGAAAAGUUGGGAGCAUACUACACAAAGCGAAGUAACUUCAUAGCAGAGUUUCAUAAAAUUGUGAACCACAUGAUCACAGUUGAUGAAUUUGAAAAAGCAUGGUCAGAGCUGAUUGAUAAGUACAGUCUGCAAAAAAACACUUACUUGGCAAACAUAUAUGAAGUCAGAUCAAAAUGGGCCAAACCAUACUUCAAUGGGAAAUUUUGCACGAAAAUGACAAGCACACAACGCAGUGAGAGUGCAAAUCAUAUGCUCAAAGGAUAUGUCCCAGCAAGCUGCCCGAUGCACUUAUUUGUAAGAGAGUAUAUGAGACUUCUUUUUGACCGAGAAGCAAAUGAAAACUAUGAAGAACGGCGAACAAAAAUAGUGUUACCUGCUAUGAAGCUUAAUUCACCACUAGAAUACCAUGCAAGCAAGAUCUACACUAUCGCAAUGUUAGAGAAAUUUGGUGAUAUCCUAUAUGAAGCACAACAAUACAGAGUAGAGGAGGUUGAAAAAGCAUCAAAAUAUUAUGUACAUCGAUAUAACCCCGAGAAGCAUGCCAAGUGGUGCAAAGUUAUGUACAUAGUGCAUGUGCUUCAAGAUGGGGAAGAGCUUAUCUGUGAAUGUGCUGGCUUCGAGCACACUGGGUUACUUUGCUGUCAUUCACUCAAGGUGCUUGAUUUUUUGGGUAUAUCCACAAUACCAUCGAAGCACAUCAUCAAAAGAUGGACUAGGGAUGCACCAUAUAUACUCCCAGGACACUUGGCACACCUGCAGAAAGACCAAAUCUCAGCUAAUUCCAUCACAUUCAGACAUACCAAUCUUUAUACCCAUGCUUUGGAGGUUGUAAGACUUGGCGAUGCGAAUCCAAUUGCAUAUGACUGUGCAAUGGAUCUUCUUAGAUCAGCUAUGGAUAAACUCACUCCUUUAGCUGCUGAUCAGGAUGGAUUGGGACUGCAGCACAGACUAGAAUUCAAAAAAUUGAAAGUUUCAGAGCUAAGUCUAGUACAUGUACCACCAAAUGGGUACAGAAGUGAUGCUGAAGGUAGUGCAAUUGGGAAUUUUAUUGGUUUAUCUGCCCCGGAACGCAAGUGCAAAGCUGGACGUCUGACCAACAGCAGAGACAAGCCUCCAUAUGAUGAUCACGGAGCAAAGUCCAAAAAAGCAAAUUGGUUCCACAUGUGGAUAAUGAUCUAAUAUCCAGUACCAGCAAGCGAACACGGUUCUGCACAAUUUGCCGUGGGCCUGGUCAUAAGAGCACAACAUGUCCACAAAGGGGUGACAUCCCUCAAAAGAAAAGGAAGAAGCAAAAUGCUCAAUAUGUGGGGUAGGCGGACAUCGAAAGAACACCUGCAAUAAUCCUAAGAUUGUGCUACAUGUUGCCGAGAAAGCUCCUGAUCAAGUUGUUGCCGGGAUAUGAUCCUUACAUGUACACCAAUCUAUCUAGCAUUUGUAAUAUAAUGAGAACCUGGUAAUGUGUG